UCUGUAUUAUAUCGUAAUGAGGGUAAUAAACUUUUUACUAGUCACAACUUGUCAUUAAAUAAAACAAUUGAAAUGUAUACAAAAAGUAUUGCGUUUGCACCGAUUAGUUCAAAAGAAUUGUCGAUAGCAUAUGCAAAUAGAUCGGCAGCUCUUUUUACAGCUAGGCUUUAUAAUGCCUGUCUCUUAGAUAUUGGUCGAGCAUUGACACUUAACUAUGAGCAACGACUACGAGUAAAGCUUUAUGCUCGACGAGUAAAAUGCUUGAUAAUGCUAAAAAAAAAAUCAGAUACGGAAGUAGAUAAAGCUAUUGAAGAAGCACGAAUGUGGUUAGACAAAAUGGAUAUGAAUAACCCAAAGAGAUCAGUUAUAGAGGAGACACUGACGAAUCCAGAAAAAAUAGUAACUAUCGAGACAGAAUUUGUUAAAUGGGAAGAAGAAAAAUAUUGUCCCAACAUUCAUGAUAAAAAUCAAGAAAUAAUAGGCGCUUCUUCCGCAGUUGAACUAAGAUAUUCUGACGAAUUCGGUAAACACAUUCUUGCAACGCGAGACAUUAAACCUGGAGAAGUUCUUGCCCUUGAAGAAUGCUAUACUUCUGUAUUGAUUCCUGAAAAGUUUUACACAAACUGCUCAUAUUGUUUGACGCAAACUUGGUCAUUGAUUCCUUGUGAUGCCUGUGUAACUGUACUUUAUUGCAAUGAUGAGUGUAAAAAUGCUGCAUGGGAAGAGUUUCAUGAUAUAGAAUGCAAAGUUAUUGGAUCACUUGUUGGAGUGGGAAUGAACAACUUAGGUUUGAUGAGUUUAAGACUUGCUGUAAAAGCUUUGAAAGAAGCAAAAGUUUCAAUAAUUUAAAAUUGCUCAUUGAUUUGGCGGAUAAUGCUAAAGAUCCGAGAACUAACGGGUUUACGGAUGGUAAGCUUGAUGAUACUAAGUACAUUAGUGUUUACACACUUGCUAGGAAUACUGAAAAACGGUCUAUACCAGAUCUUUUUGGAAGGUCUUUAAACGCAGUGUACAUUGUUUAUAUGCUCGCAACAAGAAGCAAAAUGUUUGGAAAAGUAUUAAACAAUAAUCUUGAGAAUCUAGUGAACAAUCAGUUCGUGACAUUUAUCGGGGGGUUAAUCAUGAGACAUCAGCAGAUUAUCCCAAGUAACGUGCAUAGUAUCGCUGAAGAGAACAAGAUACCUUCAGAUCCAAAUGAAAGAGCUGCUGCACUCAUGCCAUUUUACAGUUUGUUUAAUCACACUUGUGAUCCACCAGUAACAAGAGUUUCCUUCGGUCGAAAGAUGGCUCUUUAUGCUGUCUAUCCAAUAAAAAAAGGCGAGCAGAUUUUUGACAACUAUGGCAUGCACUAUGCUCUUCAUCCGAAGAAUUAUCGUUUGUCUAGACUUUAUCAACAAUUCAGAUUUGUUUGUAAUUGUCGCUCUUGCAUUGAAGAUUGGCCGACAUUUCCAAAUGUUCCUAGUUUUUGGGUGCAAAGAUUAGCGAAUGUUAAUAAUGAAAAGUUGAAUUAUGCCAUGGUCAAGUUUUCAAAGUACUACGAGCUGGCGGUCAGAGCUGAAGUUGAAGAUAAUUCCGAAAUAGUUGAAGACUUAUUGAAUAUCGUAAAUGUUUUCUUUGAACGGGUCAGUUUGCCUUGCCGUGAACUUAAUGAGAUCAUUGAGACAUUAAAAAGAGUAUACAGUCUUUUAGCUAAUCGUUUUCAAUCUCUUGAUUAAGGUUAUGGUGUGACCAGUACGAAUUUCAGAAGAGAAAUCGAAAAAAAAGCUUCAUUUUCUAUACAUUGAGUGACAGAGUUGCUAACACAAAGUAGAGCUGAUAUAAAAGUAAAUCACAUCAUUCAAAUUCCCACACGGACAAAAAUAUACUGUCAUUAUGACAGUUUUUCUGGAAAUUUGAACACAAACGAUGCGAUGUAAUGUAAUGUAAACGAUGCAAAUAACUCAGAGCAAGCAAGACACCUCUCAAAAAUGUAAUGAUUCGUGAAAAAUUUUAUCAGAGUUUUAUGUUGAAAGAACAGAGAAAAUAGACAUUAUAACUAUAAUCAGUAUACUUUUAGAUUAAAUUAAAUUAAUCUUAAUUUUUAUUUUCAUUUCACGUUACAUUUAUUGUUAUAGUAAAUUUCUCGCCAAGGCUCGUUCCUACCCUUCCAAAUUCAUUGUGAGCGAGCUCUCUGAUU